AAUGUAAUCGAGGUUGAUAGAUCUAUCUCUAAAGAUAAUAUCAUUAUAGUUAAUUCCUUGAACAGUGUCAAGAGUUAUCGAUACGAGUUAUGGUGUUUGGCUUGUGCUGCGGGGAUAAGGUACCGUGUGUUAUAUUGUGAUGUUGGAGAAGUGCAGUGUAGAAAAUGGAAUGAAGAACGUAGGGAGAAGGGAGAGGCUGCGCAUAAGGAUGGCAUUUUUGAAGAUUUAGUUAGAAGGUUUGAGAAACCAGAUAGAAGAAAUCGUUGGGAUUCGCCAUUGUUGCAAUUGUGGCCUCAUAAUAAUGGAGUAGAUAAAUCUUCUAUUGCCAUUGCAGAUACGGUUUCUUAUUUGACGAAAAGAGUGGACUCAAAAUCACGCGAUGUUGAAAUCCUACAGCCAACCAUUGCUACACAAAAUACUUGGUUUUCAGAGGCCAAUUCUUUGUAUGAAUUGGACAGAGCUACACAGGAGGUGAUCAAUGCUGUUGUAGAAGCACAAUCCCAGGCCAUUGGAGGACCUCUUGCCAGUAUUUCUAUUGGCCAAGGUUUACCAUGCAUCGAUAUUUCCAGAUCAGUUGGGUUGCCAGAGCUACGUAGACUACGACGUAUCUUCAUCAAGUUAACGGCGCAAACAAGUUUGAGUGGGCGACCUCCACCUUCCGAUGCAGACAGUGCAAAAAGGAUGUUUGUAGACUGUCUGAAUAGAGAAUUGGGAAUUAUUGCUUGAAAGAGGA